AUGGUGGAAUUUCUUGGAAUUCCACCAUUCAAAAUCCCUUGGGAGAACAAAUUUCAAGCCAGUUGGAGUGGAAUACAAGACACCCAUGACAUAAAGUUGACGGUGGAUUACAUCUUCCCAAAGGUAGCUGGUGGUACCAUUGAUGCCACAAACACCCCAGCCUUUGGUUCUACUGCAACCCCAGCAUUUGGUGCAACCAGCAUUACAUUUUCUGUAUCUAGUUCCCCAGUAUUUGGAUCAAGCACUCCAGCAUUUGGUGCCUCUAGUACUUCUGUAUUUGGAUCAUCAAGCACUCCAGAAUUUGGUGCCUCAAGCACUCCGGCAUUUGGUGCCUCAACUAUUUCAGCUUUUGGUGGUUUGAGUACUCCUUCAUUUAGUUUUGGGUCCACUCCAGCAUUUGGCCAAUCGACUUCUGCAUUUGGAAGCAGUCCUUUUGGUGCACCUAGUCAACCUACUUUUGGUGCUUCAAGUACUCUGGCCUUUGGUUCAUCAAGCUCGUCAGCCUUUGGUGGCUCAAGUGCACCUGCCUUUGGUGCCACAAACACCUCAGCCUUUGGUUCUCCUGCAACCCCAGCAUUUGGUGCAACCAGCACUACAUUUUCUGUAUCUAGUUCCCCAGUAUUUGGAUCAAGCACUCUAGCAUUUGGUGCAUCUAGUACUUCUGUAUUUGGAUCAUCAAGCACUCCAGCAUUUGGUGCCUCAAGCACUCCGGCAUUUGGUGCCUCAACUACUUCAGCUUUUGGUGGCACAAGCGCACCUGCCUUUGUUGCCACAAACACCCCAGCAUUUGGUGCAACCAGCACUACAUUUUCUGUAUCUAGUUCCCCAGUAUUUGGAUCAAACACUCUAGCAUUUGGUGCCUCUAGUACUUCUGUAUUUGGAUCAUCAAGCACUCCAGAAUUUGGUGCCUCAAGCACUCUGGCAUUUGGUGCCUCAACUACUUCAGCUUUUGGUGGUUUGAGUACUCCUUCAUUUAGUUUUGGGUCCACUCCUGCAUUUGGCCAAUCAACUUCUGCAUUUGGAAGCAGUCCUUUUGGUGCACCUAGUCAACCUACUUUUGGUACUUCAAGUACUCCGGCCUUUGGUUCAUCAAGCUCGUCAGUCUUUGGUGGCACAAGCACACCUGCCUUUGGUGCCACAAACACCCCAGCCUUUGGUUCCACUGCAACCCCAGCAUUUGGUGCAACCAGCACUACAUUUUCUGUAUCUAGUUCCCCAGUAUUUGGAUCAAGCACUCCAACAUUUGGUGCCUCUAGUACUUCUGUAUUUGGAUCAUCAAGCACUCCAGCAUUUGGUGCCUCAAGCACUCCGGCAUUUGGUGCCUCAAGCACUCCGGCAUUUGGUGCCUCAAGCACUCCGGCAUUUGGUGCCACAAACACCCCAGCCUUUGGUUCUACUGCAACCCCUGCAUUUGGUGCAACCAGCACUACAUUUUCUGUAUCUAGUUCCCCAGUAUUUGGAUCAAGCGCUCCAGCAUUUGGUGCCUCUAGUACUUCUGUAUUUGGAUCAUCAAGCACUCCGGCAUUUGGUGCCUCAACUACUUCAGCUUUUGGUGGUUUGAGUACUCCUUCAUUUAGUUUUGGGUCCACUCCUGCACUUGGCCAAUCAACUUCUGCAUUUGGAAGCAGUCCUUUUGGUGCACCUAGUCAACCUACUUUUGGUACUUCAAGUACUCCGGCAUUUGGUUCAUCAAGCUCGUCAGUCUUUGGUGGCACAAGCACACCUGCCUUUGGUGCCACAAACACCCCAGCCUUUGGUUCCACUGCAAACCCAGCAUUUGGUGCAACCAGCACUACAUUUUCUGUAUCUAGUUCCCCAGUAUUUGGAUCAAGCACUCCAACAUUUGGUGCCUCUAGUACUUCUGUAUUUGGAUCAUCAAGCACUCCGGCAUUUGGUGCCUCAAGCACUCCGGCAUUUGGUGCCUCAACUACUUCAGCUUUUGGUGGCACAAGCGCACCUGCCUUUGGUGCCACAAACACCCCAGCCUUUGGUUCUACUGCAACCCCUGCAUUUGGUGCAACCAGCACUACAUUUUCUGAAUCUAGUUCCCCAGUAUUUGGAUCAAGCACUCCAGCAUUUGGUGCCUCUAGUACUUCUGUAUUUGGAUCAUCAAGCACUCCGGCAUUUGGUGCCUCAAGCACUCCGGCAUUUGGUGCCUCAACUACUUCAGCUUUUGCUGGUUUGAGUACUCCUUCAUUUAGUUUUGGGUCUACUCCUGCAUUUGGCCAAUCAACUUCUGCAUUUGGAAGCAGUCCUUUUGGUGCACCUAGUCAACCUACUUUUGGUGCUUCAAGUACUCCGGUCUUUGGUUCAUCGAGCUUGUCAGCCUUUGGUGGCACAAGCGCACCUGCCUUUGGUGACACAAACACUCCAGCCUUUGGUUCUACUGCAACCCUAGCAUUUGGUGCAACCAUCACUACAUUUUCUAUAUCUAGUUCCCCAGUAUUUGGAUCAAGCACUCCAGCAUUUGGUGCCUCUAGUACUUCUGUAUUUGGAUCAUCAAGCACUCCGGCAUUUGGUGCCUCAACUACUUCAGCUUUUGGUGGCACAAGCGCACCUGCCUUUGGUGCCACAAACACCCCAGCCUUUGGUUCUACUGCAACCCCUGCAUUUGGUGCAACCAGCACUACAUUUUCUGAAUCUAGUUCCCCGGUAUUUGGAUCAAGCACUCCAGCAUUUGGUGCCUCUAGUACUUCUGUAUUUGGAUCAUCAAGCACUCCGGCAUUUGGUGCCUCAAGCACUCCGGCAUUUGGUGCCUCAACUACUUCAGCUUUUGCUGGUUUGAGUACUCCUUCAUUUAGUUUUGGGUCUACUCCUGCAUUUGGCCAAUCAACUUCUGCAUUUGGAAGCAGUCCUUUUGGUGCACCUAGUCAACCUACUUUUGGUGCUUCAAGUACUCCGGUCUUUGGUUCAUCGAGCUUGUCAGCCUUUGGUGGCACAAGCGCACCUGCCUUUGGUGACACAAACACUCCAGCCUUUGGUUCUACUGCAACCCUAGCAUUUGGUGCAACCAUCACUACAUUUUCUAUAUCUAGUUCCCCAGUAUUUGGAUCAAGCACUCCAGCAUUUGGUGCCUCUAGUACUUCUGUAUUUGGAUCAUCAAGCACUCCAGCAUUUGGUGCCUCAAGCACUCCGGCAUUUGGUGCGUCAACUACUUCAGCUUUUGGUGGCACAAGCGUACCUGCCUUUGGUGCCACAAACACCCCAGCCUUUGGUUCUACUGCAACCCCAGCAUUUGGUGCAACCAGCACUACAUUUUCUGUAUCUAGUUCCCCAGUAUUUGGAUCAAGCACUCCAGCAUUUGGUGCCUCAAGCACUCCGGCAUUUGGUGCCUCAACUACUUCAACUUUUGGUGGUUUGAGUACUCCUUCAUUUAGUUUUGGGUCCACUUCAGCAUUUGGCCAAUCAACUUCUGCAUUUGGAAGCAAUCCAUUUGGUACAACUAAAUCGCCCUUUGGAGUUCAGAGUGCUCCAUUUGGAGCCCAGGCUACAACACCAACAUAUGGGAGCUCUGGUUUUGGACAGUCAGCUUUUGGAGGCCACCGAGGGGGAAGUAGAGUGGCUCCCUACACGCCAACACUUGAGUUAGAUAGUGGCACAGGUACACAGCCUGGUGGAAAGCUGGAGUCAAUAGCGGCUAUGCCUAUUUAUGAGGAUAAAAGCCAUGAAGAACUCAGAUGGGAGGACUAUCAAUUGGGUGAUAAAGGAGGGCCAAGUCCUGGUCAGUCUGCUGAUGCAAUUGGAUUUGGCGCUUCUAGCACAUAG